AUGAAUCUGUUACCGCCGCCGCGCGCCGAGCAGCGUUCGUCGACCGCUUGCAUCGAAAUCGUCGAACCCGCCACCGACGACUGCAGUGGCCCCCCGCCACCCGAAGGCAACGUGAAACAGAGAAACUAUCGCGUCCUCAACGACAACUUGCGCGCGUACACCCCGACCGGGGAUAUAAACACAUCCCCGAGCAAAGGGAAGCUAGUGUCCAAAUUCGAAGUGUGUUCCGCGAUUUUGCCACCGCGCUCCAGAAUCCUGGAGCUGCUGCGGCCGGAGGACCCGGGAAGGGAAGCGCUGGAGGCGAUCGUUCGGCCUGCAUCCCGGAGGGGCCUCGCUCGGCCCCUGGAUGAGGACACGAGGCGAUUCUUGCAAAGAGCCCUGCUGUCGCCGAGUCCGCAAGGUCUAUCGACAGCGCCCACCCCGGAGCCUGAAAAAAAUCUGCCUAGUGAAAGUGUAGUUGAAAGUGAUCAGUGUAGCCGCCCUCGACGGGAGUUUAAGCGGGAGAGGUCGCUGGCUGAGGAGUUGAGGGAGGCGGAGGAGGACGAGCGCUCGGGCGCGACCAGGAGGGACAUUUGGCGGGAGUUGAGGAAAGGGGGGAUUAAGGAGUGGGUGGAACGGGAGCGGCUGGGGAAGCUGGCGCUGUCGGUGGAGGAGGACGAGGAGUCGGAGGGGGGGCUGCCGGCAGCGGCGAGGCGGCUGGACGCGUUGCUAGCGGAGUCGCGAGCGCUGCACGCCGAGCUGGCCGCGAUCCAGCGCGACAUGCAGGUGCUGGCCCGCCGCGCGCACGCCCCACAUACUUGA